GGGAGGGGAGGGGAGGGUCAAGAUGGCGGCCGGGGUCUGGGGGAAGCGGCGGCAGCUCCUGGGGCUCGCGGCUCUGCUCACUUGGCUCUCAGCCCCGGCAGCGCUGGCCAAGCGGAGCCCGGUCAUCGUCAUCACCGACCAGAACUGGGGCGAGAUGCUGCAGGGCGAGUGGAUGAUCGAGUUCUAUGCCCCAUGGUGCCCUGCCUGCCAACAGCUUCAGUCUGAGUGGAGCGAGUUUGCCGAGUGGAGUGAAGACCUGGGUAUCAAUGUUGCUAAAGUGGAUGUAACAGAACAACCAGGCUUAAGUGGACGCUUCAUAAUUACAGCACUUCCCACUAUCUAUCAUUGUAAGGAUGGAGAGUUUAGAAAGUACCAGGGCCCAAGAAUGAAGAACGAUUUUCUUGACUUUAUAGAUGGAAAGAAGUGGGAAACCAUAGAACCCGUUUCCUCUUGGUUCAGACCUUCCUCGUUUAUGAUGGCCAGCAUGUCAGCAUUAUUCCAGCUAUCCAUGUGGAUCCGUCACUGCCAUAAUUACUUCACUGAAGACCUUGGUAUACCUGUUUGGGGAUCGUACAGUAUAUUUGCUUUGGCAACACUUUUUUCUGGUCUUGUGCUUGGAUUGAUUCUUGUCUUCGUGGCAGACUGUAUGUUGCCAUCUCGACGAUUUAAAUACCAACCACACUGUUCUCAAAAAAAAACGCCCGGACCAAAGCUACUGAAGCCAAACGAUGAGCCACUAGAGAACGAAAAUCCGUACCCACGAACAAACGUGAGCAAUCGCAAAGUGUUUGAAAAGAGUCAUAUGCAGGAAGCCGGAGAUUAUUCACCAAGGACUCUAAGAAAACGUGGAGCGGAUGACUCUUGAGCUGCAAAACAGACUAAAAGAGAAAGUCUUGACUGAAGCUACGGUGCUGAUGUAAGGCACUGUACUGAGGGAUUAUGAAGUGGAUCAAUUGACCAAGGCAAACUACACUAAACUAGUGUGAGAUCAGCUGUGGCAAGUACGCUGAAUAUCAGUGCUGUGCUAAGCUUGCUUUCGUUCCUGCAGGCUUUGCUAUGAAGCUGAGAUGCUGGUGAUAUUGAACUUUGCAUGCUCCUUUAAGUCUUCCACAUUUACCAGGUUGAUAUUUGAGCUGAUAUUUGAUAUCAAGUCUUUUUGGUUGUAAUGUUUAAUGGAAGACUUGGAAGUGUGGCACUUGAACAAUUGGAGUAAAGGGAUGGUAACCUUCACUGAUUUUCAUAAAUCAAAUCUUCCACGCUACUCGCUAAAGAUUUUUGCUUUCCAAAACUUCAGGUUUAAAAAUGGCCUGUUGGCUAAGUAUACAUGUUAAAAGAAUAACCAAUGUCUAAGGUGCAACAGCAAAUAACUUAGGCGUGCAAUGCUGCAGAACCUCAUUUUUGUUUACCUUUAUUUCAAUAUACAAAAGUCUAGCUGAUAUUGUGAGAAAUUAAAGCAGGCAUUAAAACAUUGAGAAUUUCAAUUCAUGGAAUUAUAGUGCUUAAAUCAAAUCUUAUAACCUUGCUCUAUAAUUUUCUCAAAACCUUCUUUUCCUCCCUCACCUCAUUUACAAGGCUCAACAUUCCUGUUUAUUGUAUCAAAAUAUCUUUUUACCUUGAACCUUAAAUUCUUGCUGCUAUACAGAGUCAUCAUACAAAAGCCUGGUCAAAAUAAUACCACUCAUUCAUGAAUCUUAAAAUAACUUUUAGAAUAAAUAUUUGCUCUCAUCUCACCCUCUUCAGCAAUUUGGUUUUAUGAUGGGAUCACAAAGUGUAUAAUCAAAGUAGAAAGAAAGGAGGUUUUAUAUUUAGACUUAAAACCAAUUUUGGAUCGUCCUUAAAUAAAUGCAUCAUAUACAGUAGUAUGACACUGAGCCAUCUUAGGUUUAGAAGGGCACAGGCUUGAUCUCUGCUGAGAUCGCUGAACACCACUAUGGUGCUAAAGGCUUUGAUGCCCCUUCAAUUGGCUUUGGUGCCCCUAGAAUGUAAAGGGGGGAACAAUCAGCCAGAGUGUUUACAGAGACCAUCCCCCCCAACCCCCGAUCCCUGUAGAGUGACUAGCUGGAAGCUUGCAUGUGAAUCGGAGUGGGCUUGGUUGCAGUGAUGCUCACUGUCCAUUGUACGUCUAACGAACAGCCACUUAUUGGAGGCCUGGAUGCAUCCUGUGAGAUACAUUGUAGCACAGGUGACUGAAUUAGGGUAAGGGGGAACAAAAUUAAAUGAGUGCAGUUUUCACCAGAUGAAGGGUAUUUAUUAUCUCUGAUUAGCCUCUGUAAAACAAAAGGAUGAAAUGUAUAAAGACAAAGUUUCAGAUGAACUGGUAUCUAACACUAUUAUACAAAUAGUACAUCAGACAUGUUUGGAUUCUUGCUUAGAUGUUUCCAUCAGUGCUAAAUAAACCUCAUUUGAACAGGGCUUUUGGAUGUAUUUUUUUCCUUAAUAUUUUACCAUGUUUAUUUCUGGACAGAUCUUCUGAAUGUACACAUGACCAGAUCUUUGAAAAUCCUUUUAUGUAGAUUUGGGAUGGUCAGUUAGUAAUUCUGUACUUUUCAUUCAUUUGUAUUUAAAAUGUACCUUAAGAAUCCCAUGUAUGUCACAUCUCCUGAUUUAUGUCAGUAUGUCAAAUCUGCCCUUUAAUCAUACUUCAGGUUACUGAAAUCCUUCAUUAAGAUGUACCUUUAAAUUGGACUAACUAUUUCAUUUUGACUAUUACUGAGUAAUGUGUAUGUUUCUUAUGGAUAAAACAGAGCCAUUAACUUGUUUAGCCAUUAAUUUAUGAACGUUAACUUAUUAUUGGACAUGCAGUAUUACCAUCAUGUGGACCUAACCCUUACAGUUUAUGUGGGUCUACCUUAGUUUUAAGCUUGGAGUUCUUGAGUGUUUUUUGUGGGCUGUUUACAAAGACAAUUCUAACUGAAAAUGUUUUUUUUAAGCAGCUUUGUUUGAGCUGUGUAUUUCCUCUGGUCAAUUGGCGAACGCUUAAGAUAUUGAUUACAGUAAAUAUUUUGAGGACUAUUUUGUCUCUUAAUUCACAUAAAUUUAUUUUUUCCCAUACAUUUUGGGUCUGUUUUCAUUCGAUCAUCUACAAAUGUUUUUAAAAUUUCAGUUCAGUUUUCGUAAAACCACCGUUCAAAAUGGUCUUGGGAGCAGGGCUCCUUGUGUCAAGUUGUCAUGAUUGUCAUGGUACUUUGCCACAAAGAGAAGCAUAAAUGUAUUUUAAGCUUUCUCAUCUAAAGUGAGUUAGAAUGAGCCACAGAGCACCCUUGAAAUCUACUCACUGCAACAACAAAGAAUAUUACUCAUCUGCAAAGUGUACAGAUGGCAAAUAUCCCAUAUUGGCAAACAGUGCCUGAAUAUAUCAUCCGUAUCUACAGGGGCUGCAGGAAUUUGCAGUCAGUGCAAUAGGAGGAUGUGGCUGAUCUUAUUCUUGGUUUUUGAAAUUCUUGGUGCUUUUCUAUAACUUUAAAGAACCAGGCACAUAAUAGUUUCUCAACAUCACAGCAGAAAAAAAUAGGCACACAAGACAUUUCUGUUUUUGAAAUGAUCUGGAGGGGUUAUCUUUGCUGCACUGCAUCAAAGAGCUUUACAAGGCAACCAAACUUCAACUGUUAUAAUACGUUAAGAUAAGUUGUGUUGAAUUGGUGAGAGUUUUAGGCUGUUGCACAAUCCUUAAGAAUUAAAGAAUUAAAUGGUAUUCUGAAUAUUGCAGUGCUAUGCUUGGAAUGAUGGGAAGCAUGUUGUAUUCCCUCAUUCUACUGUAUUGCUGCAGGCAAGCACUGCUAUGUGGGGGUUGGAAGUUUUCCCAGAUUAAGAGAGUCUGGAAUAUCUGAUGGGAUGUUCCACUGAUGUGUUCUAAGAUGGUCUUUCUGUUAGUCAAGAAUCACGUUUGAUUGCAGCUUGUACUUUGUAAAUGUUUUGAAUCCUCUUCAAGGAUCUGCUAUAACACUCCCAGAAUUCUAAUUGGCAGUCCACAAAUAGAAAUUCUAAUGAAUGCAACUUGUAUGUUUUAAAGUGUUUUCAAAUAUUCCAAAUUCAACUUUACAUGAGCUCUACAGUAGGUUAUAUUUCAAAAAAUAUUAAAAAUAUAUUCAUUCCAACUUACGCAAUGUGUUCUGAUAUGUUCUGAUACAGUAGUUUUAUUUUUCUUCUAUAAUAAAUAUUACCCUUUUGUGUUACUGUUUCAUCAAAAUGUAUCUGGGUGAGAACUUAAAUCAACUACUAAUCACAAAUCUCUUACUAUUUAGUUAAUAUUUCAAAUGCUGUUAUGGUAUUCGAUUCAGUGCAUUAUUUUAAUCCUGAACCAAGUGUUAUCUUUAUGUGCGAGACUGAAAAGUUUCAACUCUGUUAUGAAUGUAUAUAGAAGAAGAGCUGUAUUUUUCCUCCCGGUAACUUUUUUCAAUAAAGAUUUCAGGUCA